CCACCUGCAGGCCAGGGUCAGCUUCAGCCCCAGCAUGCCUCUGAAGAUCUCCGUGGAGCAGUGCUAUGGGACCAGCUUGGAGCAGCUGGGACACGCCAGGAGGGUCCUCAUUGUGGUGAACAGCUACGGGUGCCUGCAUGGGCAGAAGCUGGUGAACAUGUCUGUGCACCACCAGCCAGGGGAGUCCAGCCUGCAGCUCACCAUCCUGACCCCUGUGCUGGGGGAUGAUGGUGAGGAGGAGGUCUAUGUGCACUGCCUGUUGACGGUGUGGGGACCUGCCAGUGCCCAUGGCCAUGGUGCCAGGUCCUGCUUCUACAACCAAGCUACAGCCAGCUGGCACAACGCAGAGGACCCUUCCCAGAGUGCCCCAUGCCGCUGCUGUGACGCUGGCUGUCCCCCUCCUCACCCUCUCUUUGGAGAGCUGCCAGGGCUCCCAGGAGAGGGGACACUGCACCGGGAGACGGUCGGACCCCUGCCAGUGCACCGGCAGCAGGUGCCAUGGUACGAAGCUCCCUGCCGCACGGUGAAGAGGCUCCUGCUGGCUGUCCUGGCCCUGCUGGGCAGUGCCCUGGCGGCAGCCACCCUGGUGGGGGCUCUGCUGGGACUGGCCUUGGCCACCUGGCGCCUGAGGGGACAGCGGCGGAGACGGCAGCGCCUGAGGCAUCGUUGUCCCUUCCACGCUGAGCUGCAGAGCGUGGUGGGGGCCUUGGCCUCCAGGCAGGCAGAGGAAGGGGACAGUGUGGGACCAGACUACCACAGCCUGGCACAGAGCUAGGCACAAGCUGGUGCCUCCCUCCCCAAUAAAAGGUGGCUUUGCUUUCUCUAA